AGCGCUUUGGAGGAAUUGGAUGGAGGCGCUUCCCUCUCUCUCCGGCGCAGAGGACUUAAAAUCCCGCUUUAUUUCGCUUUGCGCUUCUACCAAUAUUAUUAUAUCAGAACAAAGUCCUGAUGAGUUGUUUUUAAUUGAUUUUUGACUCUUUUCUUUAAAGGGAAACCAAGUUUUUUUCUCUCUUUUUUUUUUUUCUUGUCGCGAAUAAGCGACAGUUUUACGCAUUACAGCCACGAAGGAGAUCAGAGCAGCGACUAUUGUUGUUUAUUUUCCCCGAUGAUGUGGAAUAAUUUCAGCUGGAGAGUAAGAUCUUGAGCGUUUUGGAAAUUAAAAAGGCCGAAUAUGUGAAAGGAUUUCCCCUUCAGUCGUAAUCGGGAGCGUGUUUCUCAGCCGUCGUUGCCCUGUGCGCGCAUACUCUCCAAAAGGCGUAAAACGUGCUUAACACGGACCAAAGUGGGCGCAGUGGACACUUAAAAGAGUCGCAGUUUGAUCCAGACUAACUGUUCUAAUGACAUUACAAGGUCUCCAUUAAGGAUCUUGGCUGUAAGAAGGAACUGUAUUGUUGUUACGAAGCACUGCAUGGGACCUGAGCUGUCUCCUGUCAUCCUAAUUUUCUCUGGCAUGGCAUCUCUAUGGAAGUAGCCUUCAAAUUGGAGGAUGGCUUUUUCUCUCUCCCCGGGUUACAGCCAAAUCCCCCUGUAUGCCUAAUGGGACAGUGACAGUGAAAGUCGGCUUUUUGCGAAGGUAAAGAAUGACUGCAGCAGCAGGCGUGCUAACAGGCUUGGCUAAGCUUAAACGCCAGGACUCAGCCCGCUCCCAGCACCGGCCCAUACCAUCAUCGCCAGGGCUGGGGAACCCUGCAACAGAGUCUGCCCCAAGGAAGCGGAAACGACGCACUGAUGUUGUUGUGGUACGCGGUAGGCUCCGUCUCUACUCUGCCUCUGGGUUUUUCCUUCUCCUGGGACUGGUCAUCUUGGCGGUGGGGAUCGGGAUGGCCACACUCGGUUACUGGCCGCACAGUCAAACCAUUCCGAAAUCCCCAACUGGAGGAGGAUCUAAGACAGCAACUGCUGGAGGAGCGGGAGGAACACCUGAAGGAAAUGGAGCCAAUAUGGCCGUGAUGGACGGAGAUGUAGCUAACUCCAAUGCCAGUCAUGUGCAGGAUACGCCUUCCAAGCAGACAGGGGGGGCUCUGAUGCGGUUUCUGGAACAGCAUCGUCACUCUGAGAGGAUGAAGAUGUUCGGGCCUUUCACCAUGGGCAUUGGGAUUUUCAUCUUCAUCUGUGCCAACGCCAUUCUCCAUGAAAACAGAGACAGAGAAACUAAGAUAAUCCAUAUGAGAGACAUGUACUCCACCGUCAUUGACAUCCAUCGCCUCAGGCAGAAGGAGCAAAAACAACACUAUCACCGCAACAGCAUCUACUCGAGAGACGUCGGGGAUCUUCGAGGAUUUGGAGGUGAUAGCGCAGCACGGUUAGCCAGCAACUCCCUCCUUGCUUUCUCCUCUCGGGCCGGAAGCAUCGCCGGAGGGGUUGGGGGCUCAACCGAGGAGGAGGAGGUGCUGUUAGGGGAUGAGGAGCUUCACAGAAACAGGUCCCAGGUGAAGUUGGAUUGUAGUUUUGCUGGGUUACUAGCACCGCUCUACAAAGAUCGCCCCUUUUACAAUCACGGACUUGGGUUGGUUCACUCGGAUUCUGUGCGUCACCAGUGGUCAGUGGACGGAGAUGGUGAGAGAGGAGGACACCAUGCUCGCUCUAUUGUCUCCUCCUCAAUUUCUGCAUUUACUCUCCCUGUCAUCAAACUCAACAACUGUGUUAUUGACGAGCCGGAGAUGGAGGCGAUUACUGAGGAGGAAAGAGGAGGUGAGAGGAGAGACAGGGAAAGGUCACAGCCUCUGAGCUCGAUGGAGUCUCUGGUGGUUCCUGUAGCAUCUGUUGCCAAGGCAUCCAAACCUCCAGGCCUCCACCGGAGUAAUUCCGCCUCCUCAUCCUCCCAUUGCUCGUCCUCUUCCUCCCUCUCCCCUGCUCCCUCAGGCUGCUGGCUCUCCCCUGGAGCAGCGAGGACUGACUUUGGCUCCAACUCUUCACUGCACAUGCUCAGCAGCCACUCCAAAUCUCUGGACCUGGAGCGUAGGCCGAGCAUGCUCAGUGUGAACCCGGAGCAACGGAAGCACCCCAGCUGGCCCCGCCUCGACCGCAGCAACAGCAGUCGCAGUAACAGCAGUAAAGGCUACACACGGCUGGAGGACAGGGAGGAGCAAGUGGGGGAGCGGCUGUUGGAGUUGGAUGUGACUGCAAGGCGCGACUACAGCAAGCGGGAGAAGCUACUGAUGAUAUCAAGGUCGCAUAAUAAUCUGAGCUUUGAGCACGACGAGUUUAACAGCAGCACGCUGAAGAGGGGAAGCUCAGAGACUCGAUUCUGAAGUCAUGGACCAAUGGUUGUAUGGCGGUUUCCUCUUUUUCUUGAAAUUCAUGACUUAAACAGCUCCACUCUUUUACCAGAAACACUCAAGUGUUGCUUCAAAGUUUUUUUUUUCCUGAACUGAAGGAAGGACAGUAGUGAGUGUCGGACUAUCUAUGCUGAGACACUAAAUGGCUACAGCAGCAGGUCCAGAGAAAAGUCGUUUUUAGCUGACCCUGACCUCUGUUGAGGGAGGCAAGUGGAAAGACAAGUUUCCUACAUCAAUAAACAAAUCACAUUAAAUCACCCGUCUGCUUUAUACAAACGUAGUUCUAAUAAAGAUUUAACAUGA